UGACUUUAUUCGCAAGAUUAGUUGAAGUUGUGUCUCGGUUGGGUGAAGGCGCGUCUGCAUUUGCUAAAAGAAACCCUUUGAUAUGUUGGAGUGACCUUUGCUGAGUGCUGACCUGGCUUGAUCACAUGACCUGAUAUGGCGAAACGACUCGAUGACGUCAUGUCCCGCCUGGGGACUGGCCGCUGGAACCUCCUGCACAUCCUCUCCCUCUCUUACUGCUUCUCUCUGACCACGUACCACACCCUGGGCGGCGCCUUCCUCGCCCCCCCGAGUGGACUACACCUGCCGCCGGCCCGAGGGCGCCCACGACGCAGCUGCCGCCCGAAGCGCCUCACCGCUGUUCAUUCCGCCGGCGACAACACCUCCGAAGAGGCUAAACCCGAGUGCAGUUACUUCGUGCUGAACUCGUCCUCGGGCCAGGUCGAGGAGGAGCCGUGCGUCGAGUGGGACUUCGACAACUCCACCUUCAGCUCCACCGUUGGCACUGAGUUCCAGCUUGCCUGCGGUUGGGAGUACCUUCGCUCGACGUACCAAAGCAUCUACAUGUUCGGCGUCACGAUCGGGGCGCCGUUCAACGGGGUUCUGGCCGACAGGUACGGGCGUAAGAUGACAGUGGCCGUGGGUUUCGUCGCCUACUCCGCCCUGGCCAUCGGCUCCUGCUGGAUCCCCAACCUCUCGGCUCUCCUGCUCUCGCGCUUCCUCAUGGGCGCCGUCCACCCCACGAUACAGAAGACGGGAUAUAUACUAGGCAUGGAGGUCGCGGAUCCCAAGUGGCGCACGCAUAUCGGCAUUGUAUUGUUUCUGCCAUGGCGCUUGGUCUCAUGGCGUGGGGCGGGUUCAUGGACGAGUCGCCUCGGUGGCUGGCCGUGGGGGCAGCACCGGCGCGCCCUCCGAGUGCUGCAGAGGGCCGCCAGGUGGAACGGGGUCGCCCUGCCCCCCGAGGACGAGCUUCUGCUCCUGCUCAAGGACGGAGUCAAGGACGAGGUGCGAGCGCGUGCUUGUGCGCAUGUGUAA